GUGAAAGUGGCACCUCCCCCGACGCCCUCAGCGAACUUGGCACCCGCCCAGCGUCGGGCCUUGCAGAAGAAACCGCCACGGCUUAUGCCCCACAAGAAGGGCUUUGAUCAACCAGCCUUUGUGGUGGAAGACUUUGAUGGAAAACUCUUGACACUGCGGCAGCUGGAGGCCAAAGACGUCCUUCCGCCUGGUGCGGAGUUGCGGCGCCUCCUGAUCGACGAUUUAUCCAGGGUAUUUCCUGGAAAGAACGUGCCAUCACCUCUGACCGACAUUGUGAGCCGCUUUGUGGCCCGAGAUGCCUUUGCGACACAGGCCAUCUCCUUUGACAGUCCUGAAUGCGUCUACCAGAUGCCCCUGGCAGGGGCCAGGUCGGUGCUGCAUUUCGAGCCGCAAGACAUGGUGGCCACGGUGGUGACCUGCGGGGGCUUAUGCCCCGGGUUGAACGCCGUGAUUCGCGAGCUGGUGAUGAUGCUGGCACAGUAUGGUGUCCAGAAGAUCUAUGGAAUCCGCGGGGGUUACAAAGGAGUGGUGAAACCUGAGACUUGGAUGGAGCUGACCCCCAGCAGUGUGCAGGAUAUCAACUCUAUGGGAGGGACCAUCCUGGUCAGCGACCGUGGAAACCCUACAGAGGAGGAGCAAUCUCAAGUCUUGAUGGACAUGGGCGUACGCGCACACUUCAUCAUUGGUGGAGAUGGCACCCAUCGUGGUGCCUAUGAAAUGGCUGAACUGAUGAAGGAGAAAAACUGGAACUGCUCUGUCGUGGGCAUUCCAAAGACCAUCGACAAUGACAUUCCAAUGUUGGACUGCACCUUCGGCCGGAGCCUCAGGAGUGCAGCUGAAAGGCGGGUCGUCGCGGACGGCAGAUUUUUUUCUGAACCAGCCGGAAACAGGUGA